AUGGCCAUCCACAAGCUUUUCAUUGCUUCCGUCUUAGUCUCUGUUCUUCUUCUUCAAGUUGGCCAAGCCGACCAGAUGGUACCGAAUCGUUCUGGUCUUCAUCUUUGUUGUGCAGACUGCGGUGGAGCCUGUGUCGCCAGGUGUCAGCGGUCGUCGAGGCCUCAUCUUUGCCAGAGGGCUUGCAGGACGUGCUGCGCCCGCUGCAACUGCGUCCCUCCGGGCACCUCCGGCAACCUUGACGCCUGUCCAUGCUACGCCAACAUGACCACCCGCGAUGACAAGCGCAAGUGUCCCUGAGACGCUGGACGGGCUUCCUUUUUCUUUCGACACCAAAAACUCAAGCUUGUGCGAUUGCUGCUAAUUAUUAUGGGGAUGUUGUUGUUGUUGUAGUAGUAAUUUCAUGGAAGCUCAUUAAGAAGUUGAUUGCAAAUGCAAAUUCACCGUAUCUCAGCAAUUUAUCUGUAAUAUGUC